GCGGCGUCGGGUGCUGUAGCGGGAAAAGUGAAGCCCGACUGGAGGACUACCCCCGCCUCGAAUACCCCAGAUUUGAUUCGCCAACAAGUGACUGCAUUUUUGUGAGAUUAUAAAUGUACCAAGGAGGUUAACAAAACUAACUCAAGAAGAAUGGAAGAAGGUCAGCUGGAAGCCUCAAAUCUUCCUCCAAAAAUCUGGCAUUCUGAGGUGAGAGUGUCAGUGACAGGUGAACCACCUACUGCUGUAGAAGAAAAUGAAGAAACAGCCAAAGAAACAGCCAUAGAAAUCAUCCCAGAAGUCAUGGAGCCACUCUCCCUUCUAGAUGUACUGAGGAUCUCUGCAGUUCUGGAGGACACCAUAGACCAGCUCUCUAUUCUAAACUAUAUCAUGCCAGUUCAGUAUGAAAAAAGAAAAAAUAUCAGCGUGAAGAAUAACAAAGAAAUAAAUUUAGAAGGAAAAAGCUUAGAAAAACUUUCACUGGUCUCAAAACCCUCAAAACUAUCCGGUCCAUUCGUACAUGAAGAAGAGCCCAAGUUACCAGAAAUCAGACAAGGAGGCCAGUUUAACAAAGUGCAAGAUCUUAUCUUCAAAGAACCUACAAGGCAGAUCAUAAUGAAUACAGAGACACUGAAGAAAAUUCAGAUUGAUAGGCAAUUUUUCAGUGAUGUAAUUACAGAAACCAUGCAGGAGUUGCAAGAUUCAGGCACUUUCACCAAUCUCCUGAAAGCUUUGGGCAAAGAGAGGGAAAACAAAAUGCAUUUCUAUAAUAUCAUAGCCAGGGAGAAAAAUGGAAGAAAAAAGAUAAAAUCUCUUCAAAAACAGCUGCUUAAUGUCAAAAGAGAAAGGCAAGCUGAAGUACAGAGUCGGCAUGAAUAUAUUGCUCACCUUAAGAACGAGUUGCAAGAGAUGAAGGCAAAAACCAACAUGGAGAAUCGCUAUAUGAAGAGAAACACUGAGCUGCAGAUUUCCCAGACCCAGAAAAAAUGUAGCAAAACAGAGGAGCUCUUGCUGGAAGAGAUUGAGAAACUAAGACUGAAAACUGAAGAAGAGAACCGGAUUCAUGCAGAGAUUGAAAUAUUCCUUAGAAAGGAGCAGCAGGAUCUGGCUUUAAUGCAUUUGAACACAAGGCACAGUCUUCCAGGUAGACUUGAGGAGAAGCUGGAGUUCUGGAUGGAGAAAUUUGAUAAGGACACAGAAAUGAAACAGAAUGAACUAAAUGCUCUCAAAGCUGCUAAGGCCAGUGACUUAGCACACCUUCAAGAACUUGCAAAGACGAUAAGGGAAUAUGAACAAGUCAUCAUUGAAGAUCGUAUAGAAAAGGAGAAGACCCGGAAGAAGAUAGAACGGGAUCACUUGGAAUUAGAGAGCAGCAUAAAGCUCCAGGCCUGGUGGCGAGGCACUGUGGUGCGGAAGGAAAUUGGUGGUUUCAAAAUGCCCAAGAAGGGCAAAGAUGAUGGCAAGGAUUCAAAAGGUAAAGGUAAAGGCAAAGACAAGGACAAGCGGAGAGGCAAGAAGUGACCAAGUUAUCUUCUGUGUUUUCUGCUGGUGUUUUGGAGGUCGGAAGGAGGACCUGAAGGGAGUAAGAAACAUCUUUUACCAUCACAGAUAAAUUAUCUACAGGUUGUUUCUUAUUUGGACAUUCUCAGGUGAGGCCUAGUUAUACUAGGUCACCUUGACGGUUAUACUAGUUUUCAAACCCCGAAUUAGGAUUAUACUGUGGAUUCAGAGCUUCUUCAUAACUUGAAAAAAAAAUUCCUGGGAAGAAAUAUUUCUAGAAGUCUUGUGAAGAUUCCUCUCACUCUUUCUCACCAGAAAAAAAGUACAUAAUCCUAGUUAUAGUGAUACAUUAAAACUUCAGUAG